AUGGCUGAUGGAACAAAAGUCAUUAGAAGAAAUCGUUCUGGAACUAGUAAAGAAGAUUUCGGUAAAUGGCCUGAUGAGCCAUUUGAUGAAAUGGAUAGUACUCUAGCGGUGCAGCAAUACAUUCAACAACAAAUACAAAAAGAUCCUGGAAAUAUAAAUUUAAUUUUGACUCCACCUGAAUCACAAGAUGAAGGCGUUUGGAAAUAUGAACAUCUUAGACAGUUUUGUAUGGAACUUAAUGGUUUAGCAGUACAACUUCAAAAUGACUGUCAUCCUCAUACUUGCAACCAAAUGACUGCCACAGAGCAAUGGAUAUUUUUAUGUGCUGCACACAAGACUCCCAAAGAAUGUCCUGCUAUAGAUUAUACAAGGCAUACAUUAGAUGGAGCUGCAUGCUUGCUUAAUAGCAAUAAAUAUUUUCCAAGCAGAAUAAGUAUUAAAGAUUCAUCUGUGGCCAAAUUAGGAUCAGUUUGCAGAAGAGUUUAUAGGAUAUUCUCUCAUGCAUAUUUUCAUCACAGACAAAUAUUUAACGAUUUCGAAGGUCAAACAUAUCUAUGUAGAAGAUUCACAAUGUUUGUCACAAAAUAUAAUCUUAUGUCGAAAGAUAAUUUAAUUGUUCCAAUUUUAGAAGAGGAAGGCUCUGUCGAUAAACAAACAAAAAACUCUCGAAUAACAGUGUAA